AUGAAAUCGACAUCCAUUGCCGCCGCAGCUGGCCUGCUGCUCUGCGGUGCCAAUGGCAUGUACACGAAGCAGUCCCCCGUACUGCAAGUCGACGGACGAUCGUACGAGAACCUCAUCGCGAGAUCCAACCACACCAGCAUAGUCGAGUUCUACGCCCCGUGGUGUGGCCAUUGCAAGAACCUCAAACCGGCAUACGAAAAGGCAGCCAAGUCACUCACUGGCCUGGCCAAAGUUGCCGCGAUCGACUGCGAUGAGGAAGCCAAUAAGCCAUUCUGUGGAAGCAUGGGCGUCAAAGGGUUUCCAACUCUGAAGAUUGUGAGGCCGGGAAAGAAGCCCGGAAGACCCAUGGUCGAGGACUACAACGGUGGACGAACUGCCAAAGCCAUUGUUGACGCGGUCAUUGACAAGAUUCCCAAUCACGUAAAGAGGGUGAAGAACGCAGACUACGAAGAGUGGGCCGCAGAAGGAGAUAUGCCGAAGGCCAUUUUGUUCUCCGACAAAGGAACGGUCAGMGCGCUGCUCAGGUCUAUUGCGAUUGACUUCUUGGGCGUUCUGGGUGUCGGACAAGUUCGUGACAAGGAGACUGAGCUUGUUGCAAAGUUUGGUGUUGACAAGUUUCCUACUCUCGUGCUGCUUCCUGGAGACGGAAAGGAGCCACUCAAGUACGAUGGAGAGAUGAAAAAAGAGGCCAUCACCAAGUUCCUUUCUCAAGCCGCGUCGCCAAACCCAGACCCAGCACCUAGCAAGAAGAAGGCAAAGACAAACAAAAGCAAAGCCUCCGCAUCAAAGCAGGCAAAGCCCUCAGCGGCUACACCUCCCGCUGAAUGUCCGGCAGGAAAAGGCAAAGCUGCGUCGCAAACUGAAGAGACAAUCAUUGAGGAUCCAACAGAUUCACCAAGCCCAGAAAUCGAUAACCAGCAGAAGCCUAUCAAAGUGCCAACAGUAGCUCCACCAAUCACUCAACUAGCGGACGGACUUUCGCUGCAACAAAAGUGCCUCAACGACAAAGCGGGCACAUGUAUAUUGGCCUUACUUCCAGAAGAGAGCGCACCUUCAGAAAAGACCAUCGAAGCGAUCCGCAGCCUCAGCGAUCUCCACCAGAAACACGAAUCGGCCAAACGUAACCUCUUCCCAUUCUACCAGCUUCCAGCUUCAAACUCACAGGCCAGCGCUCUGCGUACCAAACUCGAACUCGCGCCGACAGAGGUCGAGAUCAUUGCUAUCAACGGCAAGCGUGAAUGGUGGCGCCACUUCAAAAGCACUGACUUCAAGCUCACCAGCAUCGAAAGCUGGGUCGAUGCGAUUCGCAUGGGUGAUGCUCCCAAAUCGAAAGUUCCGAGCGGCCUGAUCAUGGAUGCUGAGCAGCUUCCGGCCGAGCCUGUCAAGGUUGAAAAGGGAUCGGCCGAGUUCAAGCAGAUGAAGGAGUCGAUGAAAGGGAAACUUCCAGAGGGAAUGGACUUUGAGAUGGAGGAGAUUGAUGAUGAAAUGUAUGAAAAGCUGAUGAGUCAAGGGGAUGCUAUGAAGGAUGAAGGUCAUGAUGAGUUGUAG